AUGAACCAAACUACCACACAGGCAGCUGGUUAGUACAGAGUUUUAAGUCACUCACUCACAUAUUAGUUUUUAACUUAACUCAUCAAAAAUAAGGGUUAUCUGUUGUGUGAUAACAUGUAAUCGAACUCCAAAGGUUUACUAGUAUCUGCAAUGUAAUGAGCUUUAAAGGGAUAUUCCAGCGUAAAAUUAAUUUAGGGUCAACACACCCCCUCGAGAGAUGAAUGUUGCUGACCGCUUGCUUUUGUAGUCAUACCAACUUUAGUCACGACCGCAGAAUAGCAAUACACAGCAGUCUGAGGAGCCAUAAACAAACCUCAACCAAAACGCCACUCUAUAGCCACAAAUAAUGCUCAGAACAAGUUGGUAAAACUAGAGAAGCAAGCGGUCCGCAACAUUCAUUUCUCGAGGGGGGGUGUCUAACUCGGUGUUACGAUGUGUUUGACCCUAAAUUAAUUUUUCACUGGAAUAUCCCAUUAAGGCUAUUGUAGCUGGUGCUUCUUAUUAGUCGUUAUUCAUAAACCUUGUAUAUUGUAGCGCUUUCUAUGAAUUGCUUGUUUAACCCACUAGUGAUUCUGAUAUCAGAGCCAGCACCAGCCUUCAGGCCUCCUUGUGAGUUGAUGUCCUCAUGCCAUUGUUGGGCACAGUUCAAUUAAAAUAUCAUGAUUUUUAACUGCCAAAAUAAUAAUAUGUGUAUCUUGGUUUCACAAUAGUUUGUGUUCAGUUAAUUUGAUAGAUAUUUUAUAGGGAUGUUUACAGGUUGUUUUAAGCGUCUAAGCUCCAAACUCCACCCUCAAAAGGUCCAUGCAGACAGCAGAGAUGCAGGGGAUAGAAGAUAUAGCAACACCAAAAUGUGGUAAAACUUAGCAUGAAUUUAUUUUUUAAUGACAUGACUAUUGUGGCACAAACAUAGUUUUCUCCAUGUGGUACAUACCCCACUGAUCCCAAAUGGAAAAUCUAACUCUAUUUGGGGCCUGAUGGGUGUUAAUUUCAGACCACGAACAUAGAUAUGUGCCAGCCCCAUUGUGAAUAGCCAAAUUGUAGAGGGUCAGCUGUGGAGAGGUAAUCAAGAUGCAAACAAUCCCUAAAUAAGCAUCAUAUUCAGCAAGUGCUUGUACUCUCUUCUUUGUCAAGCUUCAGUAAUAGCACCUGUUGAAAGUUUUUUUCUGCACCUUCAACAAAACACAAAAGGAGAGAAGUACUUGCAGAAGAAUUUCGUGGCAUCCUUCCAGUGGAGUUGAGCCACUUGCACAAUCUCUGCCAAGUCACACUGAAGCUGUUCUGGUGGCUGUAGUGACACCAAAUGCCUCAUUUAGACACUUGAUCUUUGUGUUUCCUUUAUUUUGGCAGCUGCCUGGCAACAGGCAGUUAGACCUGCCUGUGGAUCUAAUCUCUACUUAAUUUCACUGAAAUUUAAGGGUGACUUUUAUUACUUUGAAAGAGUGGAUUGUGUCUCAACAUUUCAGUAGCCUGUCAGUGAAAUGCAACACUUUUCAGGUUCCAAAUUAUCUUGUGUCAGUUAACGAAAGAAAAAUGAACCCCACUUCCUGAGGGCAACGAGUGCAUUUACUGCAUGUGUGUCCAUGUGUUUGUAAGUGAUGAUGGAGGUUAUUAUGUUGUAAUGAAUGGGGAGCCUCCAGCUCUGUCAUUCACCCACAGGACCACGACUGCAAAGAAGCUACAUGCUCCACAUUCCUCCGCUCUCCUCUCCUCACCUCUCCUCUCACUCUCAGUCUUCUCCCCUCCUCACACAAACAGUGAGACUGAAGUGGAGUGGGUUGUGGUGUUUGUGUUUGUGUGAGUCCCUGUGCACGUGCGCAUGUUCGUCCAAUUGGAUGAAUGGGCUUGAGUGGCGUGUAUAACAGCAGAGAACAGCAAAGGAAACUCUUUUACUAUUCAGAUGCUUGAAAUUAAAGGACUUUCAAAGGACCGGAGCUGUGUUCUUACGCUCCUUAGUCCAUUUACUUCAUGUCGAGGCUGCUAUUCUGUUGACUGUUUUCCAUAGCAUACUGUGGGGCUGCUGUCAAAGCUGUAGCAACAUGCUGAGAUAUCCAAGUAUAGGUUAUGUAAAAGGUCUGUGUGGUUUUUGAGGACACUGAUGCCUUUUCCCCGAAAUGAAAGCAGCUUCUUGGUUAUUAGACACAGAUUCUCACGUUAUGGGGAAACUGUUAAGUUGGCAUGUCCUGAUGUGUCAGUCAAACAUUGUUAUUGGCCAAUACAUGCACAUUCCAGUGAUAUGUCAAGAGAAGGAGCUCUGAGCAACAGUUUAAGUACUUUAGAUCUUAUAGCUCAUUUGAAAAACAGACACAAAAAACUACAAAAAGAUAAUGUAAAGCUAAUCAAUAUCACAGUUAAUUUUAAACCUCAUUCUUUAUUAUUAUGAGGAAUAUCUGGAAGGGAUGCAUUUACAGAAGUCUCCACCAAUGUCAGUAAUAUGUGCUCAAUGAGCAGGUGAAGUGCAUGUUUAGGAGGCAACCUGGGGAAGACAAAAAGUGUCAGACCAGGAGAGAUACAGUAAGAAAAGAGGCCAACACUGAAAGAGGGAGAGGCCUGCUGGUCUGCUUUCCCAGGGUAAGCGUCAGGAAGGUUGUAUUUUUUACACCCUGACCACUGCAUAGCCCUUUCCUGGGGAAAUCCGAGACAAAAAUCGAGAGAGGCUGUUGUAGGGAGGGAGAGGAGAACAGGAAAACUAGCCCUGGGAAGCAGGAGGGGGGAGGUUUGAGGGUGGUGGUGGUGGGGGCAGGUUACGGUGGAGCCCACACAGCAUGAGCUACAGAGAAAGAAGCUGUAGCUUUAGAGAGGGCUCAGUGGAACACACGCACAGGCAGAUAGACACAAGAAUGUGAAAUGCACAUGCGUUUAUGUCUUCUCUUGUUUCUUUGCCCUUUUAUGCACCCUGGCCUUUAAAAAAACGUGCCCUGAAACUCGUCUCUGGAGUAUUUUGGCCGUUGAAUCAGAUGGAAUGCAGAGCUAAUGCUGGUUCCUCAACUCUGCAACCUACCUCAGCUGUUAAUCCAAUGUUAUGGCUGCUCUGUUAUGCCUAUUAAAGAAAAAUUAUUUGACGUUAUAGCGGCUCAGCUAUGUCCAUUUUAACAAAAGCAUUUCCAGUGUAUCACAUUCCUCAGCAGACAAGAUUUAGGAAACAAAAGUAGACAUUUAAUGAUAACUUGGAAACAAAUAUUUGCAUGCCUUAGUGUUUAUUGUAUAUAUUAAAAAAACAACUCAAAAGGUCACAAGGUUUGAUUCUUUGACAGGUUGAUGGAGGUCAAAGGUCAAAGUGAAACCCCACCUCAUCUGUGUGUAUGCAAUCCCCCCUCAGGUCUUGACCCUGGCGUGCUGAGAGACCAACUCGUCGAGCCAUGGGACGCGAAAGAUCUUCGGAUGGUGAGAGUCACUUUCACAGCAUGUGUCGAUUCCGCACACGCAAUAUUGAACGAGCGUGUUUACAAAAGUAGAGAAAUGUAAGAAGUUAUUUACAGGAAGAAACAGGAGAGAGAGAGAGAGAGAGAGAGCUUGGACACAGACAUGUUUAGAUGUGCGUGUGUGUGUUAAUGAGGAUACCAGAGUGUCUGUCAGUAGGAAGGAAGGAAUUUGUGUUGCACUGAAUGAACUUGAGAUCUGUGUGAGGAGGAUAUUGAGUGGAUGACAUCUGUUUUGCAAAUUAAGACGCAGCGUAAAGCAUUCUCACACAGAUAUUAUUUUCUCGUGUAGGAAGUUUCUAGGGACACAUUUUGCACUCAUUAAAAAACUGUGCCACGAGUCUCUGACUGUAAGGUAGAAAAACUCUGACCCAAUUACCUGUAAAGUAUGGCAAAAUGUCAAACGGCAAGACAGUUACACACAUGAUGAAAAAUCAGCAUCUCUAAUCGGAAUAAACAUAUUUUAAAAUUUGAAUAAACAAAUUAAAGAAACUAGAGACCCAAGUGUGAGUAUGCAGUAGAAGACAUUCCCUUUUAUUUAAGUGAUGGGCUUAUAGGGUUCAAUUUGAAAAACAAUUAAGCUGACAUUUUACUUUUAAUGCAUAUAGUUCCCUGUCCUUUUCUCGCCCCACAGCUACGUUUGGCUGCCCUCCAGGGGUUUUCGAAGCUGUCGGAGCCUCUGGAGGCCCUGCUUACAAUCCUGGAAGGCUGUCCAGGCAAACAGAAGGGCCGGAGCCACACCCUCGGCCACCACAUCCUCAUGGAAUUCCAGACAUGGCUCAAGGAACAUCCUCAGGUAGGAAGGACGCAUGAAAGGAACCUCAAUGACCUUAAAAGCACAUACUGCAAAAUUCUAGGUCAUCGUUUUAAAAACCACCAUUCUUAAAGUUUCAGUCCAACCUCCUUCGUUUUGAGAACACGUGCAGUUACACAGAAUCUUCAUGCAUAAAAAUAGAUAAGCUUGUGCCACCUGCAACCAUUAGCCUCUUUCACGCUCACGCUUGAACAGAGCUCCGUCGUCAGUACACGUUGCAUUAUGUUGUUGCGGGACAGGGGGAGGCACGGAUUGUUAAGACAUGGCAGAUGCUCCACAUAUGCUCCCAGUCAGAUAUUCUCCUUUUUCCAUAUGUCUCCUUUUACCAGGUGACCCUGGACUCGGUCCCUGAGCAGCAGCACGAGUCCCUCCAACGGCGGGCUUUGUCCUUACUAGCAGAUAACCAUCCCAGCUUUGUGGACAGUCUUAUAAACAUUUAUAAGCUUCAUGCCCUGGAUCCCGCCGAACUCCGACUGCACAUCAUUAGACUACAAUCUCUUAACUGCUUCAAAGAGGUCGGUACCUCAUUUGAGGCAAAACGUUUUUCAUUGCUGGAAAAUUUUGCUUGAUGACUGAAAAAAAAUCUCCUAUUGGUUCAAGAAAAAUUCUGAAACUGAUUUGCAGGCAGCAGCUCUCACCAUUAAACUGAAGCUACAGAAGGAGCUGAACAUGGAAGAGGUUAGAGUUUGUGUUACCCUUUUGUUUAUUUAUAUUCAGAUUAAUCGUACGUAUGGUGUUUUGCAUGUACUUUUGGCUUCUUUCUCUCUAAUAUCAAACAUUCUUCUUUUGCAGAUGUGUGUGCCGCUAAUCUUGCAGAAUAAGUUGGCACUAGUAGAGUCCUUUGUCACAGGCCACGAUCAUCUUGAACAUGAUCUGGUGACCCUGCUAGACUCCUGGUGCCAUCCAAACUUUCGCGUGGAAGACAUUAUUCAGUACGGAGUGUGUGUGUGUGUGUGUGUGCUUGUGAGUGAGAACGUACAGAAGCCUUUGAUGUGUGUACACUCGGGUGAUCUACACAUGAUAAUUUUCUGCUUAUUUAUGUUCCACAGAAAGUUUCCUCGUCUUAAUUUGUCCAGACAGUCUAUGGGCCACAUCCAACCCAAACUGCUCACCAAACUUGUCUUUAGACUUGUGGAGAAAUUCAACAUUGACCCAGGUGUGUGUAUGUGUCCGAUUCUGCACAUGUGUAGUACCUCAUGAACGAGUACAUCUUCAGCAGAAAUCAAAGUAAAGAAUUUUGUUUGUUUGUUUGUUUUUUUGCCACAGGACUGUGUCCCUUCGCUCUGCAGAAGAGGAGAUUGAGCUCAUUGCGUUUCCUCAUGCACAAGACAUUUGUGGAGGUAAGUGACAUAGAAAGGUUUGCAUUUAUCAUAACUUCCUGUACAUCAGGUGUUAAAGCAGGCUUCUCAUCAGGGACUUACAUUUUUAGUUUAUACCGAGUAAUACUCUUGGCAUGACAGACCUAUGUUCUUUCUUUUACUGGUGUCCUCACAAAGCACUUAUAACAAAACUUCCAUCUGCUUUCUUCCUGAAAGCACUCUGCAUGAGACCAGGAGACCUGAUGUGGAGAAAGAAUCUUUGUUUCUUGAGUAAAAAAAAAUGGCACUCUGAUUGCAGUCCAUAUCAUCAGCCUCUUAUUUGUUGUGUUGUUCCUGGGACAAUAUCAAUUUAGCAAUUUAUUGUCAUGAAGAUUGAUGCAAUUAUUAUUCUGCUGGUGACAAAUAUUAUUUCAAUUUAAAAUUGAUUAAGUCAAUUUAAUCACAUUUAAUUGUAUUGUGUAUUAUAUUGAAUAUCAUUAACUAAUGGACUGUUCCAGAUUUGCAGAUCGGCUGUGAACCGGGUGUCACACCACACCAUGAGUUACCUUGAUGUUCAUUUUUGUUCCUACAGAGUCAGGUUAGAGAGGAGUGCAGACUUAAGAAGUGAAUUUGAUUUGCAUGUGAAGUUUCUAAAACUACAGUACAUGGAGUCAGAGUAGAAAUAAGUAUACAGUCAUUACUCUUCAUACUAAAUUGAUAACUACACUUUGAGGGAACAGACAAACUGACAAAUCAAACAUGGUAUUUCUCUGAAGUGAAGUGGUGAUGGUCUGGGAGGAGCAAAAAUGAUAUAACUCACUCUUGAAUUUCCCUUUGCAGAUCUCCUUCCUCUUCUUCUUCUUCUUCCCCCUUCCUCCUUCUUCUUCUUCUUCUUCUUCUUCUUCUUCUUCUUCUUCCCUCUUUCUUCUUCUUCUUCUUCUUCUUCUUCUUCUUCUUCUUCUUCUUCUUCUUCUUAUUUUUCUUCUACUUCUUCUUCCUCCUCUUCUCCUUCUGUUGUGUAUUUUCAUUGUGUUUCAGUGAUGGAAUGAGCACAGAGUUGAUAACACUCCAAUAAUUGAAUGAUUGAUCCGAUGUCUUUCUUUAUUUCUCAUACCAAUUUUAUUUUAGCGUGGCAUGACAGAAGAAAAUUGGAGUGACCAUGUACAGGUGAGUGUUUAUGUUUGAAGAAAGAUUUUUAGAAAUAUAGUUGAAUAAUUAUCAUUGCGAUUGCAGGAGGUUUCAUUUUCAUAUGUGUCCUCUUUCUGCGCAGUAUGUGGUUGCAGACGACUUGGAGUUGCAGAUCCUGCUGGUAGAGAUGCUGGUGAAGUACAGCGGUUUUCUGAAAGCAUCUCAGUGGGCCCUGAGAUACAACAUCCCCAGGUAUCGACUGCCCCUUGGGGUGUGGGAAACGCAGCAGAGUCUACCGCCUGAACUGCAGUGAGUCAACCAAAGAAAUGCAUAAAUACAUUGUAUUGUGAAAUUUGCGGUGUGCUCAGGCUGUACUGUUUUUUUUUAUAAAGGGAGGUGGUGUCAGCCACAGAGUUUUUAUCCCUGUUGUGCACCACAUCCCUUUUUCACGUAUGGCAUGCUGGACUGUUGUCCCCCUUUUAGCUACAGAUGCUCAAUUGAUGACAUGAGUUUAAAUAGAACUUUAUUGAUCCUUUUGGUGAGGUUGAACUUGAGUAUCUAAUUGUUUUUAUUAAGUGAGUGGGCUGGAAAGGUAUGCACACAUCCUCUAAAUCACUUUGAACAUCAUGAUCUAAUUAGGGAUGCAUUAAUCCAACUGUUAAAGUUGAUUGAUACCAGUAUACCUGAGUUCUGAUAUUAGCCAGUACCAAUACCAAUCCAGUCAGUAUCUGACCUGUACCUGAUACUAGGAUUGGAUUGAUGCAUCGCCACAUCUGACACUGUGGGACAAAUGAGCAAAUUAAGAUACUGGCUGCACAGCUAAUAAGCUAUCAGUGAAAAGGCGAUAGUAAUCUAUCCGUCUGUCAGAGACCAUUUCUUCAAAGUUAUGAUCAGAUUUACCAAACUCAGUCAUGUUACAUGUCUUUUUUGUGUGUGUGUUUUUAACUUUGCAUCCUCUUUAUAUUUGCAUCAUUUGCCUUCACACUUCUGGUCCGGCAUGUUUUGUCUUUUUUUUUUCCUCUGGACUGUUUUUUUAUUAAUUUUUUAUGAAGUGCUUACUCGCUAAAUCACACACAUUUCUCACCUUGGCCCAGACAGAUACAUCAGAAUGAUUCAGCACAAGCUGGAGAGUGGAUCCCCUCUCAGUAUCACUGUGCAAGGUUCUACCAGGUUCCACUCACCAGAGACAAAGUUCACUUUGUAGAUACACAGGAAGCUCUCCAAAGAUGUCGAAACAUUGUGCUGAAGGUAAAGAGAAACGAAUACUUGAUUUCAUAAAAACCUUGUUUCCUUUGUGUUGUGUUUUUUGUCUUAAUCUAUCAUGCUAAAAUCUUUUCCAGGAAGGUGUGGUAGUAGGAGUUGACAUGGAGUGGCAGCCCACAUUCGGCUGCAUGUCAACUCAGAAAGUUGCCCUUAUACAGCUUGCAGUUCGUGACCAGGUUUUCCUUUUAGACGGCUGCGCCCCUGGAUUCUGUCAAUACCCUGAAACUAUCAGUUUCAUCAGGAGCUUGUUCUCCCAAAAAAACGUUCUCAAACUGGGUAAGAAACGGAUUUUAUACACCUACAAUCUAAAUGUUGAGGUCGAUUCUUCUGUUAGUCACAUUCCUUCUCUCUUUUUCAGGUUAUGGUAUGUCAGGGGAUGUCAAGUGCCUCGUGGCCACCUGGGAGCAGUUUUUGGAGGAGCCACUAAAGAUAGAGGGGAUGCUUGAUCUUCUUAAUGUGCACAAAAAGGUAAUCUGAGCAAAUUGGUUCUGCUCAGCAAGUAGGACAAGAUGACUGUAAUCUGGGUUAUAAUUUUCUCCGCACCAAUCAUGUUUUCAUUGGGUUGCUUGGGGAUAACUCAGGUAAAUACUGUACUGUAGCUGUGACAUGAAAAGAUUUUUAAGUCUCUAAGAGUUUCUGGCUGCAAUGACACGUCAUCGCAGAACUCUUUUUAACUCUCUUAUUUGUAUACACAGUGCCCAGCAUAAGUCAGUACACCCACUAUUAAAAAUAAUGUAUUACUCAAUAUCUAGAUGAGCAAAGUCCAAUUUCCAAAGUUUUGACAAAGCUGAGUUUAACAUAACAUUUUAUUUCCCAUAAGAUGAAAAUAAGGGUGAUGUGGUAACAAAAUUUAGCUUUGCUCCCAGAACUUUGAUGGAGGUGUACUCAUUUUUGUAUCCUGAUUUUAAACAGAAAAAAAAAACUUUUUUGAAUGCAACUUAAAAAAUCACGUUUGAAAUUAAUGGCCUACAUUUGGGGGAGUAUUAUGUUGUUUAAUCUGACACAGAAAAUGUUGAUUUUGAAGUAAAAUUAAAGGUUUUCUGCCAACUCUGAAGGGAUUUACUCAUUUAUGCUGAACACUGUAUAUAACUGUUUUUUUUCUGUGUACAGAAGUAGCUAACAUGGCAUUACACUGUGUCUAUGCUUUUAACAGAUUCAGCGUGGAAACGUCAAGUUGGCUCAAAAUGGUCCCAGAGAGGUGCUGGUUGGAGAGGAGGAUACUGCAGAGAAAGGUCUUAGUCUUCUGGUACAACAGGUUCUUGGAAAGCCGCUUGACAAGACAGAACAAAUGUCCAACUGGGAGAAGCGGCCGCUGCGCAUCAGCCAAAUUAGAUAUGCAGGUAUGGUUUUCUGCAUGCAUGGACAAAAAUAAUAGGAAGACAGAUGAUCACUCAUGAUCUCACCAGAGAACAUCACAUACAUUUGUUUCACUUUUCCCUUUACAAAUUGUAAAUCAAAUAACCCACGCUAACUCACCCGAGAGAGGGUGAAUUAUUAGAUGAAAAUGAGGUGUAACAAUUGAUUUCGACAUCUCAUUUUAGUUGCAGAUGCCUGUUGCCUGCUCGACUUGUAUUCCGUCCUCUCAAGUAACCCAGCAUCCUUUGGGCUACCAGCUGACUUGCGCAGCAUUUCUUCAAGUCCACCCGAGAAGAACACGGAGAAGAAGAAAAAAGAGAAACAGGCCAAGCAGACAGAGGAGGUAAAAAAGUCGUGGCUAUAAAGAAAUACAGUUGGGAGAUAAGUUGUUGGUGAGACUGCCAUGGAUUUCCUAAUUCUCUGAAGUUAUUAUUGUGGGAAUAAAUGAAUAAUAAUCUCAUGUUUCAUUCAAAGCCAGGCCAGCUCAGAAUAGUUACAUGGAUGCAGAAAGGUUAAGCUGGGAGAUAAGUGACAGCUGAAGUCAGAAUUAGUUUAAUACUUAACCUGCUCUUGACACUGAUCUUAAUAUUUUUGUUUUGUUAUAAAAAUAUGACGAUUCUCUUAUACUGCAGCUAUAAACUUAAGGUUACAAGCUCGAUCAAGAACAUUAUAAUUUCCUGGUUCUUUGUUGUGGCUAAAAAAGGAUGUUGAAGAAACACAACAGAAAGUUUGCAGAGCCACUUAUCUGAUAUUUAAAACGAACAGCGUCUAAGAUUUUAGGCUUGAAAUGCCAAAUGCCCUCUGAAUGCCUUGUCAGUAAAUCAUUGAUGGUUAUUUCGACCUGUUUAUAGCCUCAUUAUCUCUUAUUUUGAAUAAGAAAAGUGUGAUUUUCCACCAUUAUCACUGUUAUGCUGAUGCACUUAACAAUUCAUCCGUUGUGUUAAAACCUAUGAGCGCUAAAGUGGCUCAAAAAAUGCAGAAAAUUUCAAACUGAAGAACCGAGGGAUUAGGCACCCAACCUGCUGGGAGUGACAGUGUGAGUGACUGUGUUUGACCAAGACACUUCAGCAGUUCCUCUCAGCUCCAGGGGUGCAGUUGUAAAGCUCAGGCUGUGCUGUGACCUCCUCUACACUGUGGUGCGAGUGAAAAGAAAAUCCCCCUGUGGGGAUCAGUUGAGUAUCACAUUAUUGUCUCUAUCCAUUUAGGAAUGUCAGGGGGCUCAAAGGGUCGGUCUCCUCCGCUCUGAAGCAGAGAAAGGCCUCCUGUGUGGCGAGAAGCCCCAGGAAGGCGCCCCCCCUCUGCCCCCUCAGCAAUUACGGGUGGUGUGUGACAACAUGCUGCAGGGACUCGGGAGGUACCUGCGCUGUUUAGGAGUAGAUGUGGUCAUACUGGAGAGCACUGAUGAUCACCGAGUAGCAGCAAAGGUUAGUUUGGAGUUCAAGUGAAACAUUGAAGAACUGACACUUAAUAAUAUAUAAAGUAUAAAAUAUCACCAGACAAAAAUCAAACUUUCUAAUGUGUCCUUUGUGUUGUUGUGGCAGCUAGCACAAGCUGAAGACCGUGUCAUACUCACAUGUGGACAACCGUUCCAAAGUGUAAGUGCGGAACCAGAAAGAAUUAAUUUUUGAGGCCUUUUUCUUCUGGUUACUUGAAUCCGUUGUCUCCGUCUUUUAAUCUAGCUGCGGUCCCAAGUUGGGGAGGGUCGCUGCCUGUCUCUCGACUGCUCAGAAAAGGCCAAGGACCAGACUGUGAAAGUCCUGCAACACUUCAACGUCCAACCCACGCCCAGAGAUAUAUUCAGCCGCUGCCAGGUAAUGAAAUACACAUAAAGCCUUUUUGAAGAUGACCUGUCGCCCUUGAUUCAAUAAUGUCACAUUCAAUCAAGCAAAUAUUGAACAUAACAUGAGGCAACUUGGAGGAAAAUGGGAAACAGGUUUAUUGUAAGUGAGAAACAAAAGUAAGUUAGCAACCAAGACAGUCUUUCUGCGGUUAUAAACGCUGCAGAUUGGUUCCUGAAUAAUCUGUAAAAAGCUUGCGGUGGCUGUGGUGCCUAAUGCUAAGAGAAAGGGGAAGAAAAAGAAGUAAGAUAAGCAAGAAUGGAAACCUCUAUUUUAUUUUUCUGGGAACAUUUUGACAAAGGGGCGGCUCAACACGCUGAACUCUGGCUCCAAACACAAGACCUUUGGACAUGGAAUGUUACUUCUGUGUUUUUUAAAGCUCGUGCGAGAGGUGAAUGAAUACAAACUUGAUAUAAGGAGACACUGAAGGGGGAUUGCAUUUCCCAUAUGGUGUUGGAAUGUCUGGCAGACCCCAGGAGGAGGUGGAGGUUGUGGCUGAAGAGGAGAUUUUAUAUUACAUUGUCCAGUUACUGCCAAAAGUUGAACAACCUGUGGUGGUAAAAGUGAUGCAAAGUAAAGAAAGAUCUAGAUGGAGUCGUGGGUAAUGUGAAGAAUCUGGAUGGAAAUACAUUUCAUUUCGUACGUUUUUCUUCUAUCAUCCCAUCAGAUUGAUUACUGAAAUGAAAAAAGACAUAGUUUGUCUCUUUUCCUCAUCAUUCAAUCUGUGUUCGAUCAGAGUUGUGGGGCUUGUAAGAAAAUCUGUCUGUCGCUGGUCAGUGUUGGAUUUACGGUAUCUGACCUGUAGGUAUCUUCUUGGGUGGCUGUUCAGGGAAACUUGGGUGUGCUACGAUGUCUCUGUGUUUGUUGCAGUUGUUGUGACUGGCAGGAGUGUUUUUACAAGACCACGUCCAAGCUUGGGUGUUCUUGCCUGCUCCAGGUAGGGGGGCUCCAAACGUGUCAAGAUACUUCACUUUGGUGCAUUUGUCUCAGACCCAGAAUGAAGGAAUCCAGGACCACCUUGAUGCUUAGAAGUUACACUGAUGACAGGAACACACAUAAAAAAAAAAUGUCUGACUUAAAUGACCAUUUGCCAAAUGGUCAUCCACUUUCUUUUCUUCUUUACAGCUCAUUCACACUUGAAGGUUGAGCGUCUUUAUGGCUGAAGGAAGCCCAAAUGUGACAUGAGUACCUUUUGUCUCAGCAUGGCUUCAGGUAUCUCUGUCAUCAGCUCAGACAGCAAACAUAUAAAAAUAGACCCAUCAUACCUUUAGGCUGAUGUAAAACCUUUUAAAGGGUCAGCAGAAAUUAUCCAUUUAUCAUUUUUUUUGCUAAUGACUUCUCAAGAUUCGUAUUCCAGCUUGCAACGCCUGUCCUACAUGUCCCCACUCUUCUCUUUCUGUUUCCUGAGUUACCCACUGUCCUGUAUUCUCAAAACUGGUUAUUUCUGAAACUGAAACUUAAAGAGUUAAGAGACUUUUCUUGAAGGAUACGGGUUAAAAAAAUCUGUUUCUCGCUGUUCGAAUGGUGAAAUAUUUUCUUGAAACACUCAUUCAAGUAGAAGACUAAUACCAAACGAAGGUGGCCACAGCUCUGUGUGUGUGUGUUACAGAGAGUUUCACCCUGGGGGCUGCUCUAUGGCCCACCCAGGCGAAGUUAACCCUCUUUGUUAUCUGAUUGUAAAGCUCUCUGAUUAGCAAUGGAUGGGUUAGUUUCUUCCCCCCUUUGUCUCUCUGCUUCUCGCUCAUGCACUGAUGAAUGUCUCGAGGAAAGAGAAGUAAAAGAACACAGGAGACAGAAGAGAAGAUUAACCACAGACUUGUGUACUUGUGUGUAAAGCUUGUGCAGAGAAAGGGUUAAUGUCGGUUGCAAAGUAUCAAUGGACCCAACUGAGAUUUUGGGAGCGGAGGAAUGUGUGUCCACCAUGGAGAACUUGAGGAGGAAAGAGAGAGAAGCAGACGAGCCUCCACUUAUGGUUGUUUGCAGUCGGACUUAUUUACAUUACAAAUACAGAAAAAAAUGUGGUUUUUUUAACAGUUUCAGACUUUUUGUGAUGUUUGACAUCUUUUCUACCACAGUUUUUCAUCAGUGUGUCUUUGAGCUCAUGAAAAUCAGAUAUCCAUUAUGUCAAAUUAGGAGAAUAUUUACCAAGAGCGAUUAAAAAAAAAGGAUUUAUGAUACAGAAAUGUCCAACUUUUGAAUGCACUUAAUACUUACUGUAAAUUAAUAGCUCACUGUGGCAUAACACAGGGGUGACCAGCCUUUAGCAGUGCUGCAGUGUUACUAAGGCCCAGACUGAUUAAAGUGACCUUCAGCUUGUUCACCUUCACCCUCUUCCUCUGAACAAAUAUCACAUAGAUCCUCUACAGGGUUCAGGUCAGGCCAGUUCACCAUUUGGUAGUAGUCUUGGCGAUGUAGGCAGGUACUUAGUUUGAAAGGCAGUUAGAAAAUCCAUUUCAGGUUUGUUAGGGAAAUUAAAGAAAAGACUGUCCUCAGUGUCUCUAAACAGGGACGCAUGUUUUUGCUUUCAUUGAUUUUGUGUAUUUGAAUCACAGAACACACCUGCCUCUCGAUUGAAGCCACAUUUAAAGAUUUUUUUUGUUUUUCCUAAUUUAAGCAGUUUUGGAUCCUCCUCAAGUUAGAACCAUAGACUGUAUAUAGAAUGGACGCCGUCUGCCUCCUCGCUGAGUGAAGCCACUUCGAGAACAGCACACCCUGGUGAUCGGCUGCAGUAUAGGUCAUAAUACCCCUGCUUGCGAUGUUGACAUGUAGUUAUUUUCAGACUGGUUUGUGCUCAAGUCAUUUUUUUCUGUGCAGCUCCAUUUUUAAAGGUUAUUUGGGGGUUCAUAAUUUCUAUGAUUGACACCUGGUACAGCCUGUGGGCGUACGGAGAUUGCAUAGCUCACCCGGGGGAUACGCUGUUUGAGCCGAGCGUCAUCACAGUGACUCUCGGCAACUGUCUGCCGAAUGCGCACAAUGUUUCUGCACAAGUCGUGGAGUGCGUACACCACUACUACCACUACUGCAAUGUUGGUUUCAGGAACUGGAGGAAAAAACGCAGAAAUACCUUGAGCUUUUCGGCUUCAAAUCUGUAUACUGGCAGAAGGCGAAACCAAGUUGUCCAUAGUAUAUGGUUAGAACGUUUAAUAAUUCAAAACAUAAUGACUUGCAGAUCAUUUUAAGCUCGGCUACAGUGUGUUAAUUUUUACAAUCCCAAUUCCAUUAGAGCUGGGAUGCUCUGAAAAAUUAAUACAAGAUGAUAUUGAUGGUUUACAAAUUAUUGAAACGUUUUGAAACUGACAAAUGUUGUUGUUUUAAACACACUCUACAUACUUGUUUUUGAACUUGAUGCCAGCAACACAUUUUUGAAACAGGUGUGACAGGGACAACUAAACAUAGCGAAAGUUGUGUAAUGCCAAAAAUAACACCUUAAGGAACAUCUCCCAACUAAUUACACCAAUUUGUAACAGGUUAGUAUCAUAACUAGGUAUAAAGAGGUCAUAGCAGAAAGGCUUAGAGUCAUACUUUCCGUCAGGUCAGGGUUAGCUUUAUCCUAUUUUUACCACUAAUGCCGACUUUGUGUACAUACUUCCAUGCACACACACACUUCGGAUGGCAUGUGUAGUCCCAUCAGAUGUACAAUACUGGCCUUUUAUAGACAUGUUGAGAUAGCAACGCUGUGUUGAUAGAUAGACAUGAAACUAACCAAACUCACAAUCACACACACACACGCACAUAACCACACACACGCACUCUUACUAAUAUAUAGAGGAGUAUUUGAGAGCACACACAUUCAGAUUCAGACAGCAGAAAUGCUGGUUCCCACGCACCAGACUAUUGGGGAAGUGAAAACAAGAGCAACAGGAACCGCCACACCAUAAGAGGGAGGAGCGGGAGAGAUUGGGUGGGGGGGGGGGGGGGGGUGAGAACAGAGGUGAUGGCAAGGAGGUAAAAAAAGACGAGGGGAGGAAGGAUCAGACAAAAUGAGAGAGAGCAAGUGAGCCAGAGAGAGGAAGAAAGAAAGACGAUAAUAACACAACAGCUGUGACAGCUUUUUAUAUUUUUGUUGAUUGUGUGGGAAUGCCUAAAAAUCAGCUGCUUCUGUGCGGAGGAGAUGAGUGUUUGUUGAGUUGGGAAGAGUGGGAGAACAAGAGAGUGUCUGAGAAAAGGUGGCAUUGAAGGAAGAGGAGAGCUGGAGGAGGGCGAGGCGAUAGAAAGACUUGUUGUCUGUGCUUUGAUCUACAAAGAGAGCCGCAGGCUGAGAAACAGGAGGAAUGUGAGAGGUUGAGACACGUUUAAAGUUACCCUUCACCGGCUGUGCGUGUGUGUGUGUGUGUGUAUACAUCCGUGCAUGUGUGUGUGUGAAAUCGAGCUGGUCAGUAUCAGGAUGUGCGUAAGUGUUAAAAUCCAGAAGAAAAAGGGAAGAGGCUUUAAAUAGAUGUGAAUAAUCUCACUGCAGAUGCACACAGCUAGCUUUUUUUGAGAUAACCACAGAUAUGUACAGUAUCAUUCUGGUCGCAGGUUGUGAAAUCCAGACUCAUAUUACUUCGCUUUUGCAACUCCGUUCAAAAACAAGCAUGCGUUUAUAACAUUUUCUGCAUUGGAGAUCCGUCUCUGUGCAUAUCCUGUUCUCCGUAGUGACAAGACUGGGGUCAACUUUGUGUGUCCCGCCGUUUUUCCCACUCUUCCCCUCCCCUCUACUGAGACGAAAGGGGAGCAACAGAGGGAGAGGGGAGGAGGAGACCAGGGGGGGAGGUGGUGGGGCAUUCCAUAGGCACGCCAAGACAUUCCGAGGGAAACCAUCCCAAAUAUUUCCCACUGUGUGUGGCGAGGGCUCCACGUCUCCUGUUACACACACACGUACUCGUACGGUUCGAGAAAGUGCUAAAAGUGAACGCGCACAUGGGGAGAAAGUGUAAAGCAGGUUGCUCCCACAGUCACACAUACUGAAAACAGUUAGCUGGUGCAGUCGUGGGUGUGCGUUACAUGCUUGUUCAUCUCUGUUGUUUCUUGAGGGGCAACAUGCAGACCCAGUAUCUGUCUUUUUGUCAGGCGUGUGAGUUUAUGAAUGAACAAGCGAGACAUGACCACAGAUGUAAAGCUUUCACUUUGCUGCUGAGGGUGUAACAUCUUCUGCGGAGAUGACUGCUUAACUGAAAUAUGAUGUUGACUCACGGAGAGUUUCAUGAGAAAGGAGGAUAUAUUCCUGAGCACUUCACUGGAACACACACAGGCAUUGUUAACGCAAAUAGAAAGGACACAUUGUUUCACACUUAUUUCAAGGAUAGAGGAAUUGUCACUGUUGUGCUAAUUGUGGCGUAUUUACUUCAUGUAUUGCCGGCGGGUUCACUACUCUAACCGAUCAAAUGUAAAAGAAACAAGAUGGUGGAUUUCUACAGCUGUUUCUGAUAAAUGUUCAGACAAGAGGAAAGUAUUUUUAUUGACAGCAGUGCGAAAAUCUCACACUCAUACCUGCAGCUUGUAACCUGGACGAUGUGCCUCUAAAUUCUUGGCUCAUGAUGAAGUUGAUUCUCAUGGCUGUGUGAGCAGACACAAUAUAACACAUAGACAUAUGCACGCAGUGACACACACACAUACAAACACGCACACGGUAAGAUAAGGAAGAAGAUGAGCCAUCACUCAACAAGCAUCUGGUCUUCGAGAAAUCAUGCCUCUUCUUUUUUUCCCACAGUCUGGUUGGCCCCAGGAUAACAUAGCAACGCAGUGACACCUGUCUGUGCGGGUGCAUGCAUGAUAUCCAUCUACUGUAUGUGUGCGUGCGCUCGUGUGUGAAUUUCGAGUCGCUCAGACACUACUGAGGUUUCUGUCAGCACUCAGAGGGGAGGAUGAAUGUGUGUGCAUAGGUUGUUUUUAAGGACAUGUAAUUAUAGAUCGAGGAAUGGUUCCAGAGGUAAUAAUCGGUUUAGAAGUCGGCUUUCUGCUGCUUCCAGCUUUCCCUGAGAUAGUUUAUGUUUUAAGCAAGUUUCUCCAACACAGGUGUUAUUAUCAACAGACUUUUCUGUUUGUAUUUAAAGAACCCAACAUGAGUGAAAAAUUGAGAUUUAGAUGACACGUAAAGUUAUGUAGUUGUUUGAAAGCCAGAGACAGAAGUAUUGGUUUGUGUGAACACCUAUGUUAUACAGCUUGUUCGUUCUAUUUCAGUACAGAAAACCAUGUAAAGAAAGGCAGUGAAUCAUACAAAAUAUAGUGGAGGUUGUGGCUCCACCGCUGUGGUUCACUAUCCAAAAUACACCGAGGUAUCCCAAUAAAACAAUACUCAAAAGUGUAGUAAAAAUAAAUACGUGUAGAAAACUAUUUUUUACAAUUUUUCAAACUAUCACAGACAAAAUAUUCCCAAACUGCCAAAACCAAUAAUGACAAGCCAAAAAAUGAAGUUCUUCAUCUCUGCUGUUUAUGUUUCUGCGGCCAGCGUCAGAGAACUCCUGUGCUCACAAAAAUGUCUUUUUCUUCCUCUGCCCUUUGGGCCAUCAAACUUAACAUCCUCUCAGGACUCAGUUAGAAAUCUAUACGUCUGGGGUAAAACUAAGGUCACGGAUUUGUUGUGGUUAGACUGUGAAUGCAGGGUGGGAUCUGCUUGAGAGGUCAUAUACUCUUCUGAAUAUGUCAUGAAAUGGUGAAAUCUUUGGUCUUCUACUAUGAAAAAAGGACAGUUGAUGCAGUGGUGUUAUCCUCCAAUGAAACUUAGAAAAAUAUCACCACUAGUGGCACCAUUUUUAACACUGUAUACCAUACGCCCAACUUCAUGUGUAGGCUUGACAAUAAUUGCAACUUCUAUCAGACUAACCUAUACUAAUAAGACAUUCCCAUUAUUAUUUGUAAUAGGCUGUCACACCAGAGACAGUAGCUCAGGAGGUAGAGCGGUCGUCCAAUAACUGGAAGGUUGGCGGUUCAAUUCCCCCCCUAUCCCAAGUCUGUCUGUUGUGUCCUUGGGCAAGACACUUAACCUGCCUUGCUCCCAGUGUGUGUCCUCUGCUGGUGUAUGAUUGUGAGUAUUGUGUGGUGGUGGUUGGAGAGGCUGUAGGCACAAACUGGCAGCCAAUGUAUCCAAUGUGAAGUGUAUUGAGGGUCUCUGAUAAAGCACUAUAUGAAAUCUGAUGCAUUAUUAUUAUUAUUAUUUUUUUUUUUUUUACACCAAUAUCCGUCUUUCAUUCUUAGUUCUAUCUCUUUCAUUGUCUUGGACUACAAAUCACAGCUGUUGAUAAAUAUUCAAAGUAUACACAUGUGAUGAAAAAUAAACAUAGUCGAUCAUUUAAAAUACAAUUAUUUUAAGAGCUCUAUGCUGUAUGUCAUCAUGUGGACACACUUGUGUACAUGAGCUUCUCAGAAUCACAGAGUCACCGAUAUGCAUGUAGCCGUGCUUCACCUUCUCCAAACUUCCUGCUGUCCACUUUCCCCUCUUCUGCACCCCAGCGUUUCUCUCUCUAUCUCUCAAUCGCUAUGUCUGUUUCUUCUUCUUCUUCUUCUUACCCUCUGCUUGGCCCUCUCUCUUCCUCUCUGUCACCCUCUCCAUCUCCCCUCCUUCUCUCCCUCACCCGCCGUUCUCACCCUGCCUCUCUGCUCCGCUCCACUCCCAGUCUCACUCUCCUCCGUUUCAGAUUAGCCAAGGCGAGGAAUCCGGUGCAGCCGGCAGCUGGAAUGUCCUGUUUGUCUUGCUCUGUUUGUGUGUGUGCCUAUAUACGUGUGCAUAUGUGAGUGUGUGUGUGUGUGAAGCUGGUGAGGUUGGUGCUGCUUUUUGAUGUGUUCCAUUGUCUGAGAGCCAAGCUGCUUCCUGCCCCUGCUUUCCCCUCCGAAAGCCUGAGAGAAACACAGAGGAGGGAAAAGAGAGGGGCGAGAGAUUGCGUGAAAACAUUACAGUGACAGGUUGAGAUGGAUGGAGGGGAGGUGAAGGUGGGACGAGAGAGAGAAGAUAGCAACGGGAGAUGAAGGGGGGAUGUCCAGGAAGAGAGAGAUGAGGCAGGAAGUGAUGGAGUGAUGGAUACGGGAAGAGAGAGUUGGAGAGGGAGGAAAAGAGGUGAGAAGGAAGGAGGGAGAGCUUCAAUAGGGCUUUUCCUCCAAACACCAGUACAAUGAAGUAGUGCGUAAUUUCCCAUGUCCUCCACACCCACACGCACACACACAUGCACAAACACACACACACGCACUUAUACUUUUUCUCACAGGUGACAUAGCAUUCUUAUUCUCUAUUUUCAGGCGGUUAUGCCGGUGGAUUUUUCUUCUUUCUCUCUCACGCUCGCUCUUUCAGUGCGGUCUGUGUGUGGUCUGACACUGUGCUCGGCUGAGACAAUACAGAUAUGAGAGGAUGAGAAAUGACAUCGAGCAAAACAAAGUGAUAAAGAUAAGAGAGAAGAUGCGGAGGAAGUCGAAGUCAGUGUAAAGUGAGAAACGUGCAAAGGUGCAAGAGGAGAGAAAAUAGCCCAGAAUGCCAUUUGAGUGUGUGCUGUUGUGAAUGUGGUAUGUUUUCCUGUGAAAAUGUGGACGUGCAUAAAUCAUUCAACAUGUGUUUUUCUGUAUUUGUGCGUGCGUGUGUGUGUAUGUGUGUGUGUGCAAGUCUCUGGCCAGUGGAGGGAUUUUGACGGGGCAGAGCAUAGCAUUCCUGCUGGGUGGUGAUGUCAUGAGAACUAGCUCUCCGCUCGCAGACAGACAGCCCUGUUUAUGUUCCCCUCCAGAGGAGAAACCACACUGUGUGUCUGAGUGUGUGUGUGUGUGUGUGUGAGGGAGAGAGAGAGAGCGCACAUGAAUGUGUGUGCGUCUCUGUCUGACUGCGUUAUUGGCUCAUGGGGGAGGUGGGGGAAGCCGAGAGGCACUCAAGAGGGGUCUACUUUCCCCUGCCGCUCGGGGAGAGGGAACCACUUACUGAUGCCUUCCUCUGAAACAUGCACACAGAAAGAGGAAGUUUCUCAUGUUUUUCAGUAGCUGCACAGCCAGACUGCGCCACUGUGAGUGAUUGCCCUCAGCGUCUAAAUAGUCUCCUAAGGGAGGCAGAAUUCUUUGCAGCGUAAUAACAAGGCUGGGGUCAGCUAAUGGCAACAGAGCCACACAGAAAACAGAAAACUGAAAAUGCUUCAUUUCACAUUCCUCGAAAUGAAUUUCUAUCAGGUACUUACCGACACAUGCUGACACCCUGACUGUAUGAAACCAAAUGCAAGAGUGGGCCAAAGAUUCGUCGAUCCGCUCCGUCUUUGUUAGUUUGACUCAGUUUGCUUCUAUAAAUGAAACAGAAAUCAAAUAUGUAACUCUAGAUCAAUGUUGUGGGAACUAGCUGCAGCAGUUGUGUUUUGAGAAACCGAGAUACUGCUGGUAUGGCUGUCUUUGUGUCUGUGGUCAUGGUAUAAUGGUUUCCCUUGCGAUAGUGAAAUGUGAUCUUAGGUCUUUGGAGCUCAGUGAAUCGUACAUCAUUCUCCCACACUUGACACUCAGUGCAGCCCAGCAAACCAUCCGAAAUUUGCUCUGCUCACACUGCACACUGCUGCGAUGAUAAAGAGCUCUUGUCAGCCACGCUAGAACCUGCCAGUGAGGGAUAGCUGAGAGGUUUAAAGUUGUUAUUAUCACAACGCUGUGGUGCAUGAGCCCACUUUGGUAGUUUGGGUAACUCCUCCACAUAGUCAUGCUUUUCAGGCAGCCAUAUGUUCUAACAUCUAAUACUGAAAAUAGAACCGUUUUGUACCUUCUGUUCAAAGUGUUUUUUUUUGCACCAUCAGAGUUGUGCAAAAAAGCUUUCAGGCAAUAGAAUAACUUGAUUGUUGGUUAAUGAAAGGAAUCGAAGUCGGUGUGUUUACAUGUAGUUUUAAAAGAUCAAUUUAUAGUCAGACUGAGACUUCACGUGAACACAUUUGUCCAACUGAAAUCGUGCUAAAUCAAACUUCUCAUAGUCAAAGUAAGAUACCUGGAUAAUGCAGUUGGGUUAGUUUUCUCCGCCAUAUUUACAGCUCAUUCAAACUGAAACUGAGCUAAGCAGUCGGACCUCGGGUUACAUUAUGGUAGAAAGGAUGAUCAGGAAUCAGGAAAUAAUGAUAAUGAAAGGGCACCGACCAAUGUGAGAGCAGCUUGAAGAGCUACCGGGCCCCAACCAUCUUUGACAGGAAGAAGUAGAGCAACAGCCUGUCCUGCAAUCCAGGCAAUGGCUGCACUGCUUUAAGUUGCUCAACUCUACAAGAGAAACUUUAACUAUAAACCGUCAUGGUAAUCGCAGCAUUAUACACAGUUGUGACUUACACCACAUUUAUGUUUGUAGAUAUGUCAACUGCAAAGCUGUAAAAGAACAUAAGCUGAAUGGAGGCAGAAAUGACAAAAUACAUAUUUCUGUAAAAUUCUUGUUCACCUUAUAUGAUACUGACUUCAGUGGGAAUGUUAAGCUUGCCGUAGAUUGUGAAAAAAAAGAUAGCAGGCUAAUAUACCAACCGAAUCCGUGUAUCAUUCGUUCAUUCGAUUUUCAAAAUCAAACCAAAAAUGAAAAAACGAGAAAGCGAAUUGUUCUUCGAGUAUUUGUCUCUAAAACAAAAAUGAAAAAACAAAUAACCGCUCAUUUUCCGAUUUCCAAUUUCUACAGCUCAAACGAAAAUGGGAUAAACGGAUGACGACAAUUUAUCUGAUUUAGACUUUUUCGUCUGUAGAAAGUUUUGUGGGGGUGGCCCCGAGCUGUGUGUCUGAUAUGGGUCCUUUUCUCCUCGGGUUGUUUUGGGCACAGAACUUUCUGACAGACAUUUCAGAGCACCUUGGCACUCCUGCAGCAUGGUGGAAAACUCUGCAUGAGUUUUGCCUACCUGAAAAAAGUGCCACAUGCGCUCUGAAUAAUUCUCGGGUCCAGCCAUGACACCAAAGGUUCACUUCCAGGUCACAAAACUUUCUACAGAUGAAAAAGUCUAAAUCAGAUAAACACGUCGUUAUCCAUUUAUCCCAUUUUCAUUUGAGCUGAAGAAAACGGAUAUCGGAAAAUAAGCUGUUAUCUGUUUUUUUUUCAUUUUCGUUUUAGAGACAAAUAUUUAGAAAAUAAUUUGUUUUCUCGUUCUUUCAUUUUUGGUUUUAUUUUGAGAAACAAAUGAACGAAUGAUACACAGAUUCAACCCGACUUCAGAUCUCCUGAACUUGAGGCUGAUAUGAAUCAAUGUGAAAGCUGGUUACUGUGUUGCUGUCAUGCUGCCAAAUAAAUGUGAUCUUUUUAGGACUGUAUUUCAUUUCAGUGGCAUGUCCAAACACAUUUUAGCCCUCAGUGUUGGAAAGGAUAAGUUGAUAAACUUCAAAUGAAUAGUUUCAUUGCAUUUUUUCUCUUAUUGUGACAACAAUAAAAGCCCUUGUAAAUGUGACAGUGCAUUUGAAACAAGAAAAUGUGUCAUCCUUGGCAGGAUUGUGCUUCCAGCAACAAUAAAAAGGACUUCGAGGAAACAAAUCAUUUAAUCUCCCCCGCUGUGUUUUUCUAAUGUUAGGUUAUUACCUGUAUAAUUUUAGCUCCUUUUCAGCCCAUGAUUGCUGAGUCUCCGUGAGAAGAAUGUGUGUGGUCUGUUGUCUGUGUGCUUAAAGUCACAUAAGAGCAGGGGUAAUGAAAUUUUGUGGUUGUAUGGGUCUUCCUGUCUCCUGUUUAUGGAGUUUCUGGGAUCUUUAAGAGAAAAAAAAAGACCUGACUAAGUUCAUUUAAAUCCAGGAGAUAUGCAUGGCUCACCGAGUCCCAGUUUUUGCAGAAUCUAAAACUAAAAAAAUGAGUUUUUGUUGCAGGCAAGCAAAUGAGAUUCUGGUUUACAGGUCUGUGUUUUUCCUCCUGGCUCUCAGUCAGGGUCAGAUUUACACCUUCAUUGUCAUGAGAAUGUGGUUUAUGCAAUAGAUUCGAUGGGGAAGCAGCAAAACUGGGAACCACUGACCUAUAUAUCAUUACAACAAUAACCUCCUUCAUUGUCAGCUGAGUUGUUUUCUUUUUUUGUCGACACCCCUGUGCAUGUGAGCGCGAGUGUAUGUGUGUGUUUGUGCAGUUUCCGAGAACAAGUUGUGUCAACAAUUAAAUCUAAACCUCAUGGAGUCAGAGAUAAUAGAUGGUAACCCCCCACCACGGCUGUGGUUUGUGAAGUCAACCGCUGUACUUUGUGUGUUUUUUUACAUUGAAAGUUGAUGUUCCUGUGAUGUAUGGCUGUUUUUCUCUCUGAGGGUGUCACCAUUGUGGCUGUGUGUUUUCACAGUUUACAGUCUGAGUGCAGGCCUGUACAUUCUGUGAACAUUCCUUAAAUGUCUGACUUGUGUUUGUGUCGUUUUGAACGGCAUGUGUAGAUGUUGGGAAUGUGAGUUCGGCUCAGCUUUUCAAGUUUCAAACCGAGGUUUUCCCGAGGUUCCUCCUGAAGCUGACAGUUUGCGUGACGUGAUGCUAUCAGGAGGUUAGAAGCCUGUUUGCCUUGGGAGCUGCAGGCUCGCUUAGCAGACACGCACACAAGCAUUUUUCCCCUGUUUUAUCCUUUCUUUCUGUACACUGUAACGGUGCAGACAAACCUUGUACCCCUGGGGGCUGACAGGUAGAAACCAGGAGAGGCCAGGUUGCAUGGCCGGGGAAAGACCUAGACUUGUGAAAGGGGCAAACGUGAAAAGGUAGUGAUGGAAAAGUGAUCCGUGAUAAAUUAGAAUGCAUCAGAAAGAAAAAAGUGGAUAUACUACAGAUAAAUACGACAAAUUUGAGGAAAGACAGGAGAUUAAAUAACAGCGGAAGCCAAAUCUUGGGAUUUCUUGGACUUCUAAGCCGCUGAGAGCCACACAGGAUAUAAAAGGGAUGGAAAAUUCGACCCGCAGUAGGUAAAAAAAAAAACGAUGAUGCACAACUUGCGUCUUUUCCCAUUUCCUCCUCCUCCUCUCUCGGGCCAAGGAAAACCAGUGUGCAAUAUUUCUCAUCGGAACUGCAUCCUGGCAUUCGAGCAGUGCAGUGAAACAUGCUCAUAUGCCUCUGACAUAAAUGCAAUCACUGUACCUAGAGUGAGGAGAAGUCCAGCUGAUGUAUGGUCUUUAAUGGAUUUUGUAAAUGACGACCUCAGCCCAGAUUGAUAUUUGCGUUAUUUGAGAUGCUGCAUAGACUACUGCAAUAAGAAAGACAGUAUAACAGAGUAAGAGCAUUUUGGUCCUCCUACUGUCUAUAUCUUUUUGUAGCUCAUACAAAUCCAGCUUUGUAAUUUUUGUAGUUCUAUUUGCAUCACUGAAAUGUUUUCAAACACCAACCAAUCCCAAUCACUCAUUCCUGAACCCUCGUAUACUUUCAGAUUAGAUGCUUCUGUUCGCACGUAUGCUGUCUGAGGUGCGUGGUUGCGGGUGUGACUGGGCGUGUGAUGGUCUGGUAUUAGUGUGCUGUUUGGGUGUUGGUGUUUGUGGUUUAGGGUGUAGCCUUUUUUUGCGUGGGACUCUGCUAUCUCGGAAGUGCAGGACCGUUGAAAAUAUGUGUGUGAGAAGGGGAACUCUCCGCGUGUCCCACCGACUCAAACCAGAGCUGCGAGUGUAUCACUGAAUUAAUGAAGCAACUCAAGCCACCCGGCGUACCCCUUUGUUGCCGGUGGAAACCAGAGGUGACUAGAGUGCCUGAGUACCUGUCUGUCUAGAUGAUCCCAUGGACCUCCAACACACACACACACACACAUACUCAGACGCUCACACACACAUGCCUCCUUGGAUGCAGGGAGUCCUUUCUUUCUUUCUUUCCCUCCAUUUUCCUGCUGUCUAUUUUGGUCAACUGGUGGCCUGUUCCCACAGUGCUGCUGUUCCCAUGGUUAUCGCCGCGGAGAUAGCGGACAGGGGGUUGGGGUGGUGGUGGUGGUGGUGGGCUCGACAGAGAGCGGGAGAGACAGCGUUGCUCUGUUCAGAGAGAUAGGGGAGUCUGUAGCUGUAGGGGAGGUGGGGGGUGAGGUGGGGUGGAUUUGGGGAGGGGGGUGGGGGGGUGAAGGGUAUGGGGUUGAGUGUGUGUAUGUAUGCAUGUAUGUGUGUGAGUGUGUGUGAUGUGGUGCUCCCAUGAACAUCACAGGUGGCCCCUGGGGAUUCAGUCCAUACAAGCUUUUGUUCAUCUUUGACCUUGAAUUGAAUCUUCUGAGGGGGCGAUGCUGACAGUACAUACAGUUCAAGUCCCCUGAAAUGGUCCAAUGACUCAGUCAUCAUGUAUCCCAUAUUUGAAGGUGCUGAUCGGGGAUAAUACAGGUGCAUCAUUAUCAUUUAAGCCAAUAGAAAUGCGGCUUUUUAUGGUUUAAGUUUAUGUCCUCUUACUGAGUGUAGAUGCCACUUCCUGUGAUAGGGAACAGAGGUGGGGUGCAACAAGAGAGGUGGCAAAGGAAGUGGAAGGGGUAGGAGCCAGGAGCUGGUUAGGGGUUGAGGGGGGGGCCCAGGCCAGCGAAAGGAGGGGGAGAGAGAGGGCAGCGGGUGGGAGUGCGGGGCUCAGAAAGAGGGACGGAUUCAGUUCCCACACUUCUAAUUACUGUGUCACUGGAGACUGAAAGGGGACUGCCCCUGGCCCUAGGGAAUUUGCCGAGGCCGGUCGCAGUGAGGGAGCAGCGUUUGAGGGAGGGGAGGAGGGAGGGAGGGAAGGUGGGGAAGAAGAGUGGAAUUAAAGAGGGUGUACGACACAGGAACUCUCUCCACCGUCCUUUCUUUUCUUGUGGUUUUACCUCAUUGCGCUCACACUAGAGGUGAAUCCCUUCACUGCAUAACCCCACCCCUCCCCUUCCUCUGCCCUCAUACCCCAACCUCUCACCUCCGACCCACUUCUCCUUAACCCUCCCUUACCCUCCUCCAACCUCAGGCCUCUCUUUCCCUUCAGCUUUUGUUCGCUAUCGUGUACUGCUUCCUUUUUUUACCCCCACACCCCCUCUUUUUUUAACCUCCCCCUUUACCUCUCAGGGUUUCUGAUGUUGUUCCUCUCCUGUGUCUCCUGUUGACAUGAACAAGGCCUCCAGAAACACUUUGAAGUGAGGCUGAACGAACGCACACACAGGCAGGCACACACUCUGAUGUCUUAUUCCGCAUUAUUAAUGCCACUUAACCCCACGCCCCUGUCCUCUUUUAUUUGCCUUUAUCUCAUCCUCCCACAGCCUGACCACCAUGAUCUGUGUGUGUGUGUGUGUGUGCGCCUUGAUAAAACACAUGAUGACUGGGAAGAACAAAUAUCUGUGUCUGUUUGUGAUUGUGGUGGCUGUGAUUUUCCAGUUAUCGUCUCCAGCAUCUCUUUCCUCUGUCUGUUUGAUUAUUUGCGAUCCCUGCAAAGUCACAUAUUAGUACUGCCUGUCUUCUGAGAUUAUCACCAGAUCAGCUUAAUUGUCCUCUGUUUUCUUUAAUUUACAUUUUGACCCUCAAAUGUGGGAACCUGCUUUAUCUACAUGAGUUCCUGUACAUUUUGAGUGCCACAUAAGCAGUGUCUUUAAAAGAAUGCGCAAUGAUUUCUGGUACCAUUAAAAGUUGGUGUAUAAGAUGCACUUUUAAUCCUUUUUUUCUUAUUUAAAAAUUGACUUUUAGAUUAAAAAAUCCAGUAAAGAUAUUUUGGAGAAUAAAAAAAAAAAAAAAAAAAAAAAUUGACUUUUUGUCAGUGGCGUCACAGUGUCUUCCCAGCCCUGCCUGGACAGAAAAAGGGACACGUCACUCUUUUUUCUGAAUUUGUCCACAAAUCCCUGUUGAAAUCUUCUUCUUCUUCUGUUUCAUAGUGGAGUACACCAACAGGCAUUGCCAUCAUGCCUUAUACUAUGUAAACCCCCUUCUGGCCUUAACAUCCCUGACCCAUUAAGACAUGCAGUUUACUGGACCUCUGAGGGUGUGCUAUGGCAUCUGGCACCAAGACGUUAGCAGCUGAUCCUUAAAGUCCACCGAUGUCCAGCACAUCCAGGUGAUGGAUCAAAUCGAGAUCGGAGAAGUUUGAAGAUCGGGUUCAACACCUUGAACUCUAAGGUGUGUUCCUCUGGGCUGCCUUCUUCCAUUGCUGUGUGGUCCAGUUCUGAUGCUCAUGUGUCCACUGCAGGCGCUUUUGGCAGUGGACUUGAGUCAGUCUGGGCACCCUGGCCAGUCCGUGGCUUUAAGAGUAAUACACAGCUAACAAUAAUGUGUGUGUGUCUUGAUACCUUUUAGAGCCAGCAAUAAGUUUUUCAGCCGUUUGAGCUCCUCUGUUGGAUCAGGCCCCAGCUCCUAUCAUGCUGAUUCACAGUUGUCUUUCGUUGAACCACAUUUGAAAGGUACUCACCCCUGCAGACUGGGACUCCCCUACCAAAGCUGUAGUUUCGAGGAUGCUCAGACCCUGUCGAGUCAUUCAAAUCUGUUUUUCGUCCAAGUUUUCUCACAACCUUGCACUUGCUCAUUUUACCUGCUUCAGACACAUAAACUUUAAAAUCAAAAGUUCACCGACUGCCUAUCAUAUCCUACUCACUGACAGGUGCCAUUGUAAUGACAAAUCAAACUUAUGCUACAGUUUUCAGUGGUCAUAAUGAUAUAGCUGAAAGUUGCAUAGUAGAGCAACAUGCGAUCCAGAUAUUCCAGUAAAAAAUAUUCCAGUACAGCUGCUAUGUGGGAAUUAAAGGAACACGUAUUACUUGUGCCAUGUCUGUCGUAUCGUGGCCCAAGUAUCUCGAUGACAUCGUAUCGUGGGGCCACUGGUGAUUCCUACCCCUACUACUUAUGAACAUCAAGUGCACAGCAGGAGAUUUCUGUUACAAACCACCAUCUUAACUAAACACUAUUCUAAUUAGAGGAUAACUCCAGGGUAGUGAAUGCAGAAGAAGGACUCAUCAGUUAGUAAUAUGAUGAAAAAUGCAAAAAACAGAACUGCAGAGAAACAUGUUAGGACACCAACUUUGGACCCUCACGUAGAUCCCUGUACUGUAACACUGGGUGCCUGCAAAUAGCCUAACAGAAAUGGGCUGCUGAGAACUUCUCGUAAGCACUGACGCCUGCAGAAAGACAUCAGUGUAAUUAUUACCUCUCUUGACGGACCCAGUAAAAGUGACUGAUAGUUACACGUACUGUUGCAUAUUUUUGCCUGUCAGAAAGAAGUGAGGCGAGAGAGCAGAAAGGCUUAGAUAGAUGCACGCUUAAUCAUCAGGGAAGUUCUCAUCAGAACAAUGCUGCAGAUCAAGUUGAAGGAAAAUAAUGGAGUAACUGAGACUAUAAAAGCUCUUGUAAAGUCUUGCUGGAGCAGACAGAGGCUCCAACCUUUUAUUUCUGAGAUGUUUAUGGGUCAGUGAAAUUAAAUUCAUUUCACAGUGUGUUGAAAGCUGUGCAUUUGGGAGUGUCGACCAUGGACACAUUGCCUUGGUACUUGAUUCACCACGUGUUAGCUGUUCAGGAACUCCAACGUCUGAUUACGCAAGCUUUCUCCUGUCAAACCAGGCCAGUUUGUAAAAUGAUUUACACAUAGACCAUUGCUUCUGACACCGUGUUUGUCAAAAGAGUGACAGGGAGACUCUUUUCCUCUCUUUUUAUCUUAAAGCUCCUGAGGAGCAAACAGACUAGACCAGCAGCAGCCUCCACAACCACCACUGUCAAUAUUUACAGUCCUGGAUGAAUCACUCUGCAUUACAAUAACAUUCCCUGCGUGCCUGCGUGCCUCGACAUCAGAAAGAGAUGAAAAAAAGGAAAAGUGAGAGAAGGGGUGAAGAGGGGGUUGGGGGAUGAAAUAUGCGCCAGCAGCGAUAAACGUUGAGCAAAGGAAUCUGCCGGUGGCUCUCCCAUGACGGGGCUGUCUCUGUCUGUGUGUGUGUGUGUGUGUGUGUGGAAGUUGUUCAGGUUGAUGGAUUCAGGUCGGGUGGGUGGAAUUUCAGUUUUGAGUGUGGGUGUAGUGACAGUUUGAACUGUUAGCGCUUGUCAAAGGAAGACGUGGAUGUCGUAAUAUUAUGGGGUGAAUGGGUGCGUUGAAGACACAGGAAAUGUUAGCAUAUUUACACAGUUUAGUGAGUAAGUGUGUGUUAACAGACCCACAUUUGGUGCUCUGCCCAAAAAAGCCAAAUGUUAACUGACAGUUGCAUGGAGGCUCUUUAUUUGGCAGGGCCAGCUGUCUUUAUUGCACAUAUGACUGCAACACAAAACUCACCAUUUGACUCUUUUGGCAAUCUUUCUCUCUCACAGAAAUCCACCCAUGAAGGAUCCCAAAGUUUCCCAAAGAUCUUUUUCUUUUUUUCAGUCCAGCAUGUGGAGUUUUCCCUCAGUUUAACCUUGUUCAGUAGGUUGUGAUAACAGUUCAGAGUAUUGUUAUGUUUCCUGUGAGUGGAGCAACCCCUUACAGUUAACCGUCCCACAGUUAUAAAGGGCCAGAGUCCUGUCAUCAAAGCCAAGUCUGCCUUCUAGUUUCAACUCAGUAGCUCAACAAAAUGUGUUUUUUGUUUGUUUGUUUCAUUUGAUAAAAGUUUUCAAACAUAAACAUAUUCAGAAGUGUACCAUGUUAAGUUUGACUUUAACAGUGUAUUCUACAAGGGUUUGAGAGUCCCAAUAAACAUUAGCUUAAUUCAAUAUCUCAAUAACCAUUUAAUUAUAUAAAUAUAUAAUAUAUAUUACAUAUAUAUUAAUAUUAAUGGAAAACUUGACAUUGGCAAUACUCAUUUUUUUAAUGAAGAUGAUUACGGUCAUUGCUGGUAUACUGCGACAGACCUACUUCUAGAGCUAGGCGAUAUGGCCUCAAAUCAAUAUCAUAAUAUCCUGAGCAGUUCACCUUGAUAACGAUAAAUAGACACUCUACUCUACAAGCUGCUCACCCUCUCCCACAUUAACUUAUCCUCCAUCUCCUCACCUGUCUUUCCCUCUUUGUUACGGACUGGAUGGGUACAGCGUCUGAAAUGGACAUGAGACCAUAGCCUACCUACACACAUCCAAAACCAACUUUUAUUUAUUUAUUUAUUUAUUUAUUUGACACUGAAUAUAUCGACAUGGGCAAAAUGACGUCAGUUAUUGUCGUUAAUUUCAGUAUCGGUAAAUUUUCGGUUUAUUGCCCAGCCCUACCUACUUCCCACUUACCUACUUGUUGUCCUACUACCAACUAAAGAAAUUUACUGACACUAAAUACUGAUAUAAAGUUGAAUUUACUAUUUAAAAGAGACCGUAAAAACAAUCAAAAAUACUACUACUUCAUAAAUUGUACAUUGCCAUUCUAGGUGUUAUCAGGCUAGGUAAGGCGAGAAUAUUUAUGUUGGUAAAACACAACUUUUAACCCUGUUUCUAAUAGCACUUCUGCCUAUAAUUGAAGUGACGUUGUUGGCAGGUAGCCUUAAAGAAGAGGCUACCUGCAACAUGCUCCCUCUUUUAAUGGUUUAGGGAUAACCCUCUUUUAUCCCUUUCUUAAACUCAUUGCCCGGUGAGCAGCAUUGUCGGGGGAACCUUUUCAGCACGUUGUUUUCCUCAGCUGUUUGGCUCUGACCAGCCUCAGCUAUCUUACGUCUGCAAGGAGAGAAAAAAAGAGUACUUAGAGGAGGAGAGAAAGAAAGAAAGAGGUUAGAGGUGAGAGACAACCAGAGCGAAGAAGGGAGAGGGAGAUUGAGGGGCUGAAAGGGGUAGACGGAGCUCAAGGAAGACAUUGAAUAAGAGAGAGACAGAGGACAUAGGUUGAACUGGAGAGAGGGAGAGAUGGAGGUGAGGGUUGAAGGUUGAGUGGGUAAAAAACAGAAUGAACUGUCUGUGCCAUGCCAAGUAAAAGCUGCAGGGCUAUUUGUGUGACGGCGGGGCUGUUAUCUGCUAGACUCUGGACUAUUAUCUUCUUCAUUACCCCUUUUAGUGAGCUCCAGUGAAGAGGGACUAAGAGAGCGAAGGAAAGGAGGGGAGAAAAGGCAGAAAUGUGGAGGCCAAAUAGAGGGCUAAGAAUUGCUUGAAUGUGGAAAACAAAGUUGAUGAGAGGAACCAAUAGAGAUUACGCAAGAAGUAGACUGAGAGAGCAGGAUUAAUGUUCAAUGCAUGAAAGUAGAAGAGUAUGUGGACGUUUACUGAAAGACAGGAAGAUAAAGUCAUGAUGUGUCUCUACUGAUUUUAUGUCAAAAUGUUAAAGCAGUCAUCUGGAUUUUAGAAUGGGGAGUAUCCUGGUCUCUGUUUGUUGAACAGUAUUUUUGUCAGAGUAGUAUCAACCAGUUGUGUAUCAGCAGGCUGAGCAGAAAAAACGUCUGUGCAGUGAGCACAGACGGGCAGAAAACAGUCUGUUGUAAUGAGAUCCUGGCUUCCUUUAGAACAAAUCAGAUACUGUAUGUGCAAGGGCAUCUAUGAUAUAUUCAAGAGCAAACAUUUCAACUUAAGUGACAAAUUCACUUGAUGCUUUGUAAAAGAAGUCAGUCAGCAUUUCAAUUUUUCAACUUCCUGGAAAUGUUUGAUCAUCCAGCAAACAAAGGUUGUGCUUUACUUCUCAUGGGAAAGCUUGCACUUCAACUUUUACACAUCUGCGUCACAAACAGAAGGCCUGGAAAUCGCUGAUAAAUCGCAAAAAAAGAAGUCAGGAUCAUACUACCAGAGCAAGCCACAGUGAAGCCUUUGUGUUUCUUUUUACAGUGAAACUACGACUCAUGGUAAAGAGAGAAAUGGGUAAUCCUUAGGUCAUGUACUGCCAAUCUCUUGCUACACCAUAAAUACCGAAACAGUCAGCAGCUGAUCACAGAGACAAAUCAUCAUAAGGCGAUCGCUGAUUGGUUCGUAGGGUUGCAUUCAGGUGAUUUUCUCCAUCAUAUUCUGAAGUAGAAACAACAAUGUUUUUGUCCUUUUAAGGUGUUUUAGUCAUCAAAAUUAGACUCGACUGUCUGUUAACAAAAGAAGUCCUCAUACAAGCUUUCAUCUCUUUUAUAUUUGUUAUUGAAUUUUGCAUUAAAUUUCAUGAAAAGCAGCAUAUAUUUAGUAGAAAGAAAUAAAAGUUAAAUGAGAUGUUUCUUUACAUUAAGUCAUAAAAUAUUAGCCAGAAACAGUCAUUUUUGCACAAAAUGAAACUAACAGCAGACAUAUGCAGGGAUGCUCCUCUGUGUUACACAACUGAAUGAGUGGAAACAGUCAGAAAGAAAUCACUAUGACUUUGACGAUGAGUGUUAUAAGCAGGUGAAAUGAGUGGGUGAUCCCAUGAGUCAGGAAGAGGGUGUGCAUGAGUGUGAGAGACUCGAUCAUGGGGUUUUUUAACAUCUUCUGCAUGCCUGAAAAGUAUGCGCUUGUGUGUGUUUGUACAUGUGUGUGAGCAAAAGUGAGUCAGAGGAAGGUGUGUGAUGUCAAGCCCAGACAGGCUCCACUGUGGUCCAAGUUCAGGUUGCCGUCAGGUGUUAGUGGUUAGUUAACAGAGCCAGUAAUUACCUCAAACUGCCGUGCUGAGACACUGGCCAGAUACCCUCAGGAUACUGUGGGAAAGUACAGUCAGUGGGUCACCGCAAUGGCUCCAUUCGUGGGUCUUCAGACACAGUGUAAACACCAGGAAUUUAUUUGGAAAAGGUUUUACAAAGUGCCUGAAAAUCCAAAACAUUCCUCUGAACUUCAGGAAAAUGCUCACGAUAUUGCUCCUUGAGUUUUACCUGAAAUUUUACCGGGGGGGAUAACUGAAAGAAGUCCGAUGUCACCAUUUCUGUUUAUACAUGCAACAAAGUCCUGGAGAUUAAAUCAAUGCCUGUGUUGCAUCUAAUAGAGCAAAAACAAAUGGGCUUUCGAUUAGCAUGGAAGACAUUUAUAAAGAGAUUUACAACUAUUUCAAACCAACACUGGGAUUUUACAGCCACUGAACCUCAAGAUUCCCUCAUUUUACACAAACAUACUCGCUUCCUUCUGUAAAGAGAUUCUCUUUCCCCCACUCGUCAUAGGUAAUACAUUACAGGCUGCCAACUACUACUUAGGAUUCAUUUCCACUCUAGGAUUACUUCCAUAUAAUGAUUAACUUUCAAGUAUCCUCGGCUUUUGCAGUUGGAAAGUGCUAAAUGAAGAAAAAUAUUUCCAUUUCUUUCCCCUUCCUCCUGUCCAGCCAAAGAAAAUCAACUUAGGCCAGUGUUCUCCGGUUUGCAUCCGUCAGUUAAAAAACCAUGUGUGAAAUCAUCCAUCACUGUUGGGAGGUGUCCAGAUCACCUGGCAUGACCUUGGGACGUGUGUGGGAAAGUAGAGAAAGAGGUCAAUACCUCGGCCAGUUGGCUUUUCCUUACUCAUCAUUUUUAGGGAAGUGAGUCUGAUUUUUCCACCUUGCGCUUUCAGUGGAUCCACAUCACUUCACUGCGGCAACUACAUUUUAAAAUCUGCCCUGAGUGAAUGACAGGGCAGCGAAAUAUGGCAGACAAGGGACGAUGGGAGCAGACAAUGAAUCCCUGGGGUUGUAUAUUUGAAUUUUCUUUCUUUAGCAGGGCUACACGCUGUCGUUUCUAGAAAAGGCUGUUCUUUUCUUAAAAAGUGUAUAUGUUUUUUAGACCACAUCAACUUUGGAAAGUGGAACAAAGUAUUUUUAAGCUUAACUUGGACCUGGAAAUCGCUUUAAGAAGGGAAAGAAAACAUUUUCAAAGAGGAACGUCGGUGCAUUUCUUUCUCCCCAUACAUGAUUCCUCUCAGUUCCCACGCUGCCCUGUACCUGACUUACCACAAUUUGAAUCAAAUCACCAGUGGCCAAUUGGUUGCUUUGACCAUGUGACCUACAUCAGCCCAAAAAGUACCGCCUUCUGAGAUUGGUCUAGGAUUUUCCCAUGGGAGCUGCCUACAGAGCCAGUGCAGGGUGAGCGUGUGUGUGUGUGUGUGUGUGUGUGUGUGUGUGUGUGUGUGUGUGUGUGUGUGUGUGUGUUUGAGAACGUUAGGGAAAAAUCUCCCACCCCCCUCCUUCUCUCUUUCCUAACUCCCCUCUACUAUCCCCCCUUUCUCUCCUCUUUUUUUCCACCACCUCCCAUCCUUUGAAACACAGUAUCACACUUUAGAUAGCCUUUGUUGUCACGGCAAGGAGCAUUCUUUCUCUGGCACGGCCACACGGAGUGUGAGAAUGCAGGAGGUUCCCUGAAAAACACAGAAAGAGAACAAAAGAGAGAGAGAGAGAGUGAGGGAAAGCAGGAGUGUAGCAACUGCCUAAAACCGUACAGAGCUGCAUUAAAAUCAAGAAAAUCUGCAACUCUAGCAGUUUAAUUUAUAGUGUCCUUUUUGAUUUAUGUGAAUUUCUCUGGCCUGAGGAGAACUUGGACUUAAAACGGGCAUUUUAAUACAUUACGCAGUGGAGUGGUGCUUUGGAGAUGUUGGUAAUGGAAAGAAGCUUUUGAGUUUCAGUUAGAGGACAAGCAGCCAUGAGAAAAAAAGGGUUAAAAUACAAUCUGGGACAUGUUAAUGUGUACCAGCUCCAAACACCACACUAUAGAAACUUCUGAAAGCCCAGCUGACUGAAGCUUCUUUCACUUAUGUACCCCUGAAACUGUCCAGAAACUCUCAGGGUUUGUUCCAUGUCCCAUUUUUUUAAGUGACACUGCGAAGACUCGACUAUUUAAGAAGCGGGCACAUGUACAUGUAGAAUCGUGGGUGCUGGUCGCGACUGGUAGCACAGUUUUUCGAUGGGACAGAUUGAUAGUCUCUGCUGUUGAAUUGCACUACUGCAGCAUGUUUUGUAAAGCAGCAGGACAUAGGUUGUGGUGAACUUUCCUGAUUAUAGCCUCCUGCGUUCUCACCCUGCCCUCACAUAGAAAUUUGACCUGGGUGAAGAAUUUGUCUGUUGGCUCACCCAGACAGUUUCUAAAGGGUUUGAAGAGUUUAGAAGUGAACGCGCUGUCACUUUACACAGACUACACUGACUUGGAGCUUCACGCUGUGCUUCUUGACGAUCACAAACACAGUUUUUUCGCUAGUGCAAACAUGUCACAUUUUAAUUGGUUUGACAGAGCAGUCACUUUAAUGCUUUCUGUGAUAUGCAGGAGCAGCAGAGGCCCAAUUUUCCAUGUCUGAACUUCUUACUCGCUCUGUGAUAAGUGCAUGCCUGAGAACUCUCCUUCUGACUGUGGGAAAUUCAACCCUCGGUGUAGUCCAGCAUACAAAACAGAGGAAAAUAUGACCGAAACCAUCGUGUCCAAUAAGGCUGCAUAUCAUAGAUGAAGGCACAAAGCCACCAUCUGUGUUCAUUCAAAAAUAAUGCACCACUUGCAAAUUCAGUCAUUUCCACUUUCAUGACGAUGCAUAUUCUUCUGACAUGGCUGCAGUGUGCGCAAACACCACCACCACAUUCCCCUCAACAUACUUUCACUACUUUCCUUUUCUCCACGUUUUAUUUGCUUUACAUACUUAUCUCACAGAUCUCUGGAGGAUCUUUGGAUUUGUAACGAGCUUUGUUUUGAUUAAUCAUACUUAGAAUUGUUUCUAUCCAGGUUGCGUGUGUGUAAGAUGAUGUGCGUGUGUGCCUGCCGGUCCGUGGCUUAGCCUUGAGAGUUCAGAGCAGGUUCUGGCUUGCUUGACUCUGGGAAACUCUGAGCUGAGCAAAUAGCUGGGUCUGUUUUCCUGGCUGCAGCCACACUUGUAUGUGUGAGCCAUGUGUAUGCGCUGCGAGCACUUUGUAUGCAUGCACUUUAUGCUCACUGUAGUGGAGCCCGUGCGGAUUGUUCGGUGUUUUGUCUGUGCGGUGAAUUUUGUGUGUGUGUGAAUACAAAGAGGAGAAUACAGAGCGUACUGAGGGAGAGAGAUGAGCUUCAUUCCCACGGACAAGACAGAAGAUGACACCUCUGCUAUUCCCACACCUCUGCUGUCUAGCCGCUUUCUCCUGUCCUGACCUCAGAAACCGCAGAGGCAAACACUGCUCUGCAUGUGCAUACACGAGAUGAGAUUCUUUAUUUCUGAUCUGAGGUCUUCCUUACCCUUUUUUUCCCCCCAGCAAAAAGACAAACUGUCCUUAAGUGAGCUAGCCAAGGAUCUUGCCUUUGCUGUGAGUGUGGUUUGAUUUACAGCCCACCUCUAAGAGGAAUGCUGUUUGCUGGGUGGAGCUCAGGUGUGUUGACAAGGCUUUUAGCACUGACAUGCUGUCAGGAUGGCUUACAGACAAGUAUGUAUAUGUGUGUGUGUUCGCGCGUCAAGGGCCGGCAAACAAGGGGUCACUAAUGUCCCACCAGGGAGACUUUUAGCUCAGAGAGGGACAGGACGGCAUGGACAUGUGAAUGUUACUGAGGCGUGAACGCCGUCUUUACACACACUCACAUACUGAUCCCAUCAGUCUGUAACACUUGGCUCCUUUCACACUCAAAGAGAGGGAAAACCUCUCUGUUGCAUUCACGUCAUACUUUUCAAACAAAAAUGCUUUUCAAUGCUGAUAUGGUAAUGGAAUUGUUGAGUUAAGAAUAAAUGAUAAUAGGUAGAAUUACUUUAUGGUAAAAAAAAAACUAGAAUGUCCAAAAAAAGUUCAUUUCUUUCUCAUAAUUUAAUCAAAAAGUGAAACUUCUACAUUUUCUACAUACAUCAAACACAAAGUGAUUUAUUUCAACCCUUUUUUGUUUGAGUGAAGUCAGAAGUGGGAACUAUAUUUAGGAAAACUGGAGUUCCCUAAUGUAUGUUUUAGGGCUGUCCCGAUAAAAUAUUGAUAUUGGUCCGAUAUCAGCCAAAAUACAAAUAUUGGAUUUAAUCGGCCUGCAUCUAAAAUCGCCAAUAUCAGCACUCUGAUACAAGCAGUCCAUUCCAGACUCCACUCAGGCACCUCUAUCUAGCAGCAGCUGGAUCUAGCAUGCAGAGCCCAUGUGAUCACAACAACAGUGUGUACUAACGUACUAACAAAGUAGCAAGGAGUAGGGAUCAUGUCGGCUGUGUGGCAGUAUUCUUCGUCAAAGUCCAAAAAAGAUGUUGCAGCUGAGUGCAAAAAUUGUCAUGCACAAGUUUGUGCCAAUAUCAGAUCAGUAUUGGUAUUGGCCGAUACUGAAGGCCACAAUAUCGGUAUCAUAUCGGGACACCUCUAGUAUGUUUAUUUGCUUUCAGGGUCAUUGUCUUUGUCAGAGUAAAGUCCUGAGCUCUUUCUUUCGUUUGUUUCUCCAGGCAUGUAACAGUGAUGAGUACGUGGCUGUGCCCAGAGAGGACAUGAACAGGAUGCUGAAAGAGAAAGGUCAGUCAAACUGAGCAGUACCAGGAAAGAGGGUGUAUGAACUGUCUGAGGUCUAUAUGUCCAACUCUUACUCAUCCAACAUCAUCAUCCUUCUUUGUUUUGUUUUUAUCAGGAUUUCUGCAGGACCAAAGCGAUGUUGACUUCACACAACAACAUGAAGAGGAGAAGCUCGGUAACGUCAUGACCCCCCAGAAUCCCAGGUAUGCCCCUCAGUGUAAGUGGGCCUCGCUCUCAAGGCUGGACCCUGACACCCUAGCCUUUCCUGGGGGUGCACCAAUACAGCUCCACACCGUGCCACCUGGCCUCCUGCCGAGGAUACCGCACUUCUAUGUCUGCACCAGAUGUGGGAAGGUGUUCUGGGAUGGCUCUCACUUCAACCGCGUGCUCUCCAUGUUCCAGGAGGUCUUACACAUAACAGACAGGGACACUGAAUCAGCCACAGUAGCUCAGUAA